AUGACCAAGGAUAACCACUCCUUUGCAACUGAAUUUAUCCUCACAGGAUUUUCAAUUAACCCAGAGCUAGAGAUUCUUCUGUGUGUGGUCCUGUUUGUCAUCUAUCUCGUCACGAUGGUGAGUAAUCUUGGGCUAGUCGUGUUGAUUUACAUGGAGCGUCGUCUUCACACACCAAUGUACAUCUUUCUGGGCAACCUGGCUCUGGUGGAUUCCUGCUGCUCCAGUGCCAUAACCCCCAAGAUGUUGGAGAACUUCUUUUCUGAAAACAAGAUUUCCCUCUAUGAAUGUAUGCUACAGUUUUACUUUUUCUGCCUUGCUGAGACUGCGGACUGCUUUCUCCUGGCAGCGAUGGCUUAUGAUCGCUAUGUGGCCAUUUGCAACCCACUGCAGUACCACACCAUGAUGUCCAAGAAACUCUGCAUUCAGAUGACCACAGGGGCCUACAUAGCUGGAAAUGUACAUUCCAUGAUUGAAGUAGGAUUUCUCUUUAGAUUAACUUUUUGUGGGUCUCAUCUAAUCAGUCACUUUUUUUGUGAUCUUCUUCCCCUAUAUAGACUUUCUUGUGUAGAUACUUAUAUCAAUGAAUUGAUGUUAACUAUCACAGCAGGGAUUGUUCUAAUCUUUACUAUUAGUAUCAUUCUAAUCUCUUAUCUCUUCAUCCUUUUCACAAUAUUCACAAUGAAAUCCAAAGAGGGGAGAGGUAAAGCCUUAUCAACUUGUGCAUCCCAUUUUCUCUCUGUUGCAAUACUCUACGGUUCUCUUUUCUUUGUGUAUGUUCAAUCAACUUCAGUUAAUGAAGGAGAUAAAGAUAUACCUGUUGCUGUUUUUUACAGCAUAGUAAUUCCUUUAUUAAACCCCUUCAUUUAUAGUCUAAGAAAUAAGGAAGUAAUAAAAGUUAUAAAAAGAAUGUUAAAGAAGGGAAAAUCUUGCAACAUUCUGAAAUGA